UUUACCCAGCAGUUGGAAUUUGCCUUUUUGUUAUUUGACUCCUAGCCUAAAUAUUAGUAACAUGGCAGCUUCAGUGAACUUUUUAAAAAAGCUUUCGUCUGCUACCCACACAGUCUUAUUUGAGUCCUUUAGUCAGUCAGCAAGCAUGUUUGGAACAGUCCCUCAUGCUUUGCAAGGGCUCAUGUUGCAGAACAGUCACGUAUGGGUAUUUGUAGUUACAAAUAUUUGACCAUUCUCCAGGGGUGGGGUUUCCAAACCUUUAAGCAGCUCUGUUGCCUGUUAUCAAGCUGGUUUUUUUUGCUGCAAGUGCCAGAAUUGAUUGCAGUAGGACAUCUCUUACUGAAAAAUAAAAUGGAGCACAAUGGGUCUGCUUCAAAUGCUGAUAAAAUCCACCAAAAUCGUCUGUCGAGUGUUUCUGAAGAUGAAGACCAAGAUGCUGCUCUUACCAUUGUAACGGUGCUGGACAAAGUGGCCACCAUCGUGGACAGUGUGCAGGCAAGCCAGAAGAGAAUAGAAGAGAGACAUAGGGAAAUGGAAAAUGCCAUAAAAUCUGUCCAGAUUGACUUGUUGAAGCUUUCGCAAUCACACAGCAAUACAAGCUAUGUCAUUAACAAGCUGUUUGAGAAAACCCGAAAAGUCAGUGCUCACAUUAGAGAUGUGAAGGCCCGGGUGGAGAAACAACAAGCUCACGUGACAAAAGUUGAAACCAAACAAGAGGAAAUAAUGAAGAAAAACAAAUUCCGUGUUGUAAUAUUCCAGGAGGAGAUUCGAUGUCCAACAUCCUUGUCUGUUGUCAGAGACAGAAACCUCACCGAGAAUCAGGAGGAAGAAGAUAAAAUCUUUGAUCCCCCCAUAGAGCUCUCUUCGGAUGAGGAAUACUAUGUUGAAGAAAGCAGAUCUGCCAGGUUUAGAAAGUCAGGCAAAGAGCGCAUUGAUCACAUCAAGAAGGCAUUUUCUAAAGAAAACAUGCAGAAGACAAGGCAGAAUUUUGACAAGAAAGUGGACAGAAUUAGAACAAGAAUAGUGACGCCAGAGAGGAGAGAGAGAUUGAGACAGUCAGGGGAGAGGCUGCGGCAGUCAGGGGAGAGGCUGCGGCUGUCAGGGGAAAGAUUGAAGAAAUCCAUCGCUAGUGCUGCUCCCUCAAAGGAGGCUUUUAAGAUGAGCAAUCUUCGCAAGGCAAAGGACCGAACUGUGGCAGAAGGUCAGGAGGCAGGCGGGGAGACGGGUGUGGACGGCAGCGCCCGGAGCCCCUCUCUGGUCCCCAUCCCCGAGCUCGAGCUCCAUACUGAUGAGCUCAGUGAAAUAGAGCAGGAGCAAGCCAGGGUGGGGUAUGCAUCCCAGGAAGGAGGGGAGAGUGCCACCCCUGAGCCUUUAAAGGUUACCUUUAAACCCCAGGUGAGAGUAGAGGAUGAUGAGUCGCUUUUGUUAGACUUAAAGCAGUCCUCGUAAGGAGGAAUUAAGUAAAAAAACGCUCAGUCAUGGAGUUUCAGUUUGUGUGGUGUAGUCAUCCACGUUUAUUUAUAUGCUGUGCAGCAACCCUAAGUAAUACAAGUGUUUAAUUUCUUACAUUUAAAAUCUUGACUAUUAUAUAAAUAUUAUAUACAUUUUCCUUGAGAAUUCUUUUAGUUUUUGUGGCAUGUAUGAUAGUAGGCAGUAGCCUUUUCCUCUUCUGUCACCUAUCCGGGGCAGUGUUUAAUAGGCAUGAUAGCUUUAUUAAGGUGAGACACUUCCUGAGUCACCGGCUUACUUUUCUCACCUGUAGAAAUGGGGGAGGGUUUGCCUCUGCUGCCCUCCUCAGGACUGUUGUGAAGACCGGAGGAAAUGUUGCAUGGUCUGAGAAAACAAGCACAUGUAGAGAAAACCAUCCUUGCUGGGCUGUCAGCCGCAGAACUGAAUAAGCACACCUGGAGCAGCCCUGAGCACCAGGCAGUGAGGGCCUUGGUUGGACAGAGACUAAAAUCAGUCUUCUUAAAUCUUUCCAUAGAAACAGCAGUAUAAAAUAAAUGUUUGCGUGAUAACCUUUUCAUUAAAGCCUACAACGAAACUUCA